UUUCCUCUGAAGUCCGGUCCCUAUGCUGACACACUCCUUCCCCUGUCCCCGACACUCUCCAUAGCCUCCGCCAGAGUGGCUUUUUAAGCUAAUUUUGCUCUGUUUUAGCCUUAAACCAUAAUCUCGAGCUCUGUAAUCCUCACAGUGGGUGCCUUUUUAGAAAGCAAAACGAGCCGUUGCUGUUCUAAACCAGAAUCUUACAAAUCCCUCGUUCCCAUUUCUCUACACAAACCCCGCAGGAGAGUUGGACUGAGACUUGAAGGCGUGGAUUUCAGGUGAUAACGAGAAGGAGAAUGGGGAAAAGGGCUGGAUUCAAUCUCAUUUUUUAUGGGAUUUCACUGCUGCUUAUGUUCUUGGGCCAUUGCCAGGGAAGUAAUGUUGGAAUUUGCUAUGGAAGAAAUGCAGAUGACCUCCCAACACCAAAUAAAGUGGCCCAAUUGGUUCAACUUCAUAACAUCAAAUACCUUAGAAUUUAUGACUCAAACAUUCAGGUUCUCAAGGCCUUUGCCAACACCGGUGUCGAACUUAUGAUCGGGAUACCGAAUUCCGAUUUGCUGCCAUUCGCUCAGUUUCAGUCUAAUGUAGAUACUUGGCUGAAGAAUAGCAUUCUCCCUUACUACCCGGCGGCGAAAAUAACAUACAUUACAGUCGGUGCCGAGGUCACGGAGAGCCCUCACAAUGUGUCUGCCUUGGUGGUGCCUGCCAUGAACAAUGUACUCACUGGUCUUAAGAAGGCUGGUUUGCACAAGAAGAUAAAGGUUUCUAGCACUCAUUCGCUCGGAGUUUUGUCUCGGUCGUUCCCUCCCUCGGCUGGCGCUUUUAGUAGUGAUUUUGCAUUCUUCUUGAAACCAUUGUUGGAGUUUCUUGCUGAGAAUCAGUCUCCUUUUAUGAUCAAUAUUUAUCCUUACUAUGCUUACAGAGAAUCCCCUAGCAAUGUGUCAUUGGACUAUGCUCUUUUCGAAUCGUCGUCUGAAGUUAUCGAUCCGAAUACUGGUCUGCUUUACACGAACAUGUUUGAUGCUCAGAUUGAUGCUCUUUAUUUUGCUUUGAUGGCUCUAAAUUUUAGAACUAUUAGAGUGAUGGUCACAGAAACAGGUUGGCCAUCUAAAGGGUCACCAAAGGAGACAGCUGCAACUCCCGACAAUGCGCAAACUUACAACACGAAUCUUAUCCGACAUGUUAUUAAUAACACCGGGACACCUGCAAGGCCGGGGGAGGAACUGGAUGUAUAUAUCUUCUCUUUGUUUAAUGAAAACAGGAAGCCGGGGUUGGAUUCUGAAAGGAACUGGGGAUUGUUCUAUCCAGACCAGACCAGCGUCUACAACUUGGAUUUUACAGGAAGAAGUGCAGUAGACAUGACUUCACAGGCUAAUAUGACUGGUUCUAAUGGAACUGACUGGUGCAUUGCUUCGAGCAAGGCGACCGAUAUGGACUUGCAAAACGCGUUGGAUUGGGCUUGUAGUUCGGGGAAUGUCGAUUGCACUGCCAUCCAGCCAAGCCAGCCUUGUUUUGAGCCAGAUACUCUUGUUUCUCAUGCAUCUUAUGCGUUUAACAGUUAUUUCCAGCAGAAUGGAGCUACUGAUGUUGCUUGUGGCUUUGGAGGGAAUGGAGUUAAAGUUAGCCAGGAUCCAAGCUAUGAUAACUGCGUGUACGCGACCGUUGUUGGGAAGAACAAGACGACUUCUUCCAGUAAUACAACAGCAAUGUCCUCAACUUCAUCAUCAUCUUCUUCAGCGAUUGGAGUUUCUGCAGGUCUACUUAUCUUGGCCUUCAUAUCAUGUUUUUUCAAAAUUUCAUGAUGAUGGGGUCAGCCCAGUCUUCUGAAAAUCUCAGAUUUUCCUUAUUUUGUAAUUGAACUUGUAACUUCACCUUGUAAGAAGGGAUCUAAGGGGAGUUCGAAUUUCUAAUCAAAUGAUUUUUUUGGUCGUC